GGAGGGGGGUGGGGGGAGAAGACAGCGGAGUAGCAAGAGGGAGAAGGAGAGGCUGAAAACGGCAACCGGGAACCGAAGCGCUACCACCACCGUCACCUCUGCUACUACUACCACAGCUAGCACCGACAUUGCUGCUGCCGCCGCCGCCGCCCUGGGUGCCCCCCGCCACCGCCAUGGGAACUCCGCAUCAGUCGCUCCAACCGCCGCUUUGUCCGUGGGCCAUGUCGUGAUCCGUGGGCUCCGCCAGCGGGUUUUCUAUCCGUGAUCCCGACCGAGGCAAGGAGAAGAAGAGGAAAGGGAGGAAGAGGAGGGAAGGAAGGUGGUGGUGGUGGGGAAGAUGUUUGCCUCCGUGGGCCCGCGGGGCGGCCCGCGCCCACCCGUUGCCCCGGCCAUUCCGGAGCCAGACCUAAGCCAUCUGACGGAGGAUGAGAGGAAGAUCAUCAUGGCUGUGCUGGCUCGGCAACGGGAUGAGGAGGCGAAGGAGGAGGCCAUGUUAAAAGAAGAGAAGCCUAUUCAAGCAAGAACGGUGAACCUGGUUGGGCAGAAGAAACCUCCGCAGCAAAACGACGUCCGGGGUAUCCAGCAGCAGUUGUCCAGCUAUAGGGAGACGGUGAUCUGGCAGGCCACGGUGGCGGCGGGCUCGGCCAUUCACCGGGACGAUGCGCCAACCUGCGGCAUCUGCCACAAGACCAAGUUCGCAGAUGGCUGCGGGAACCUGUGCUCGUACUGCCAGACCAAGUUCUGCGCCCGCUGUGGGGGGCGAGUGUCGCUGCGAUCCAACACGGAGGACAAAGUGGUGAUCUGGGUGUGUAAUAACUGCCGGAAGCAGCAAGAGAUCCUGACCAAGCCAGGCGAGUGGUUCACGGGUCCGGAUGGGAAACCCGGUGGCCUCGGUUCAGCCAUCAGUGAGCCGUCUGUGUGCCAAAAGCUUCGGUCUCGCUCCCAAGCACCCCCGGGUUCCACCAUCUCAAUCCAAGACCACAACCAACCCAACGCACCUGGGACCGAACCUGGCGGCGACGCCCGGUCACGUAGCGAACCACCACGAGACACGAGAAAUGGCCGGGGAGGUGGAGUUGGUCGGGGAGAGCGGCGGCCAGUUCAGCCCAGACUACAGACCCAGGUCUCCAUGGACCGGGACAUGCGGGGCGAGUCCAGGGAGCGCAGGGAAAGCCGGCGGCUGACAAAGGGACGCUCUCUGGAGCACGAUCCUGUCGGAGGUGGUGGAGGAAGACGGACAGAAGAGGGGGGCUACCACCAUAUGGACCACAGCGGUGCCCCCCCACGCCAAGUAGGGCCGGUCCCUCCUGGAGGCCGGGGCCACCCUGGGCCCGUGCAGGGCUGUGGCAUGGGCGUAGCAGGGGAGGUUGGGGAUGGUGUGCGGCCCGGUCAGAGGACGGUGGGUGGGCUUGGCGGGCCACAUGAACACAGGCUUGCUCAGCAGCCCCCUCCCCCUGAACUCAGAGUCCCUCCCGGUUCGGGCCCUGGCUCGACCCCCAGCCAGGGACUCGUAGUGAGACGGACCAAACGGGAGAAGGCUGAGAGCAUGCUGCGCAAUGAUUCCCUAAGCUCUGACCAAUCGGAAUCCCUGCGUCCACCGCCGCCGAGGCCCUACAAGUCCAAACGGGGGCUGGGGGCGGGAGGGAAGAGGCAAACCAGCGUCAGCAGUUCAGAGGAGGAGGGAGGGACCACGCCUGAGUACAGCAGUUGUGAGGACGCUGAGAUUGAAAGUGUCAGCGAGAGAGACUUGAAUCUGGAGACGCCUCUCUACUUACACUCUGUGGGUUCAGUGAUCAGAACAGGCGACUGGGAGUGCUACCCACAUGACCCCACUGUAUGGCAUCAUCCUGUAACCUGGCAGCCGUCCAAGGAGGGAGAUCAUCUAAUUGGACGAAUCACCCUCAGCAAGAGGAGUGCCACCAUGCCUAAAGAAGCCGGAGCUCUGCUGGGGUUAAAGGUGGUGGGAGGCAGAAUAACAGAGUCAGGGAGAUUAGGUGCCUUCAUCACUAAAGUCAAGAAGGGAAGCCUGGCUGACGUGGUGGGACAUCUCAGAGCAGGGGAUGAAGUUUUGCAGUGGAAUGGGAAGCUGUUACCGGGGGCCACCAUGAAGGAAGUUUACAACAUCAUCCUGGAAUCUCAAGCUGAGCCUCAAGUGGAGCUCGUGGUAUCCAGGCCUAUUGGGGUGUAUAGAAAAUAUCAUGAUAUCCCAAGAAUCCCCGACACGUCACACCCUCCAUUAGAAUCUACAGGUUCCAGUUCUUUUGAGUCCCAGAAGAUGGACAGACCAUCCUUAAAUGUCCUGUCUCCCUCCAGUCCCGGGAUGCUCCAAGAUGCUCCUCAGUUAAUGCCAGGGCAACUCUCAGUGAAGCUGUGGUAUGACAAAGUGGGUCAUCAGUUAAUAGUCAACGUGAUGCAGGCUGCAGAGCUUCCUCUUCGGCCUGACGGGCGACCCAGGAGCCCCUAUGUCAAAAUGUACUUUCUCCCUGACCGCAGUGACAAGAGCAAACGAAGGACAAAAACAAUGAAGAAGACAUGUGAGCCCAAGUGGAACCAGACCUUCGUCUACUCUCACGUCCAUCGCAGGGAUUUCCGCAACCACAUGCUGGAGCUAACUAUAUGGGACCAACCCAGGUCACCGGACGAGGACAGCACCUUUAUGGGAGAGCAGGUCUUGAUAGAGCUGGAGACGGCCUUACUGGACGACAAGCCUCACUGGUAUCCACUGCAAACCCACGAUGUCUCAUCCAUCCCGCUGCCCCAAGCCUCCCCGUACCUGCCCCGCCGACACACAGACAUCCCUGGCAAGAAGCUGCAGCGUUCUCAGCGUGUAACAGAGCCUGAGUUUGAUGAAGGUACAGCAGUAGUGUCUAAAGCAGCGGAUGGGCGUGGCAGGGAGAGGCAGCGAGAGUCCGUGUCUACCCUGGAGGUGCCGGACCAGCAGAGGAUGCCCGCCCAUCACAUACGUUCCCGCUCGGUCUCCCCGCACCGCGAGGAGCAGGGACGAAUCCGGUCACGGCCUCCCAACGUCCCCACCCAGAGGAGCCUGGAUGAUGAGCUUCCUCACGCUCGUCGUUCUCGUUCUCCAACCCGCUACUACAACGCUGCCAGAGGUCGCCACCAGGAGGAGGAGUACCUGGAUGACAGUGAGGUCAUCAUGAUCCACCAGUCAAUGCGAGGCAAAAGUGCUGAGUGCCUCCACAGCAGGAGAUCUACUAGGCACAAUAACACACUGCCACCUAAGAUGCCCCUUUUGUUCAAUGAUAUCCACAAACGCACAGACAGUGAUCUGCAGCCUUCACUGGACAGGGUUAGGAGUGCUAGCGCCAACUGUCUGACUCCAGACAAUCUUGCCCCCUCAACAGAGACUGAAAGAAAAUCUUUGUCCUAUUCCCUGCCCCGGAGACGUCCGGCAAGUCCCAGGAUUCUUAUCCAACAUGCUUCCCCUGAAGAUGACAGGCAGCCUCGGACUCUGGAGACACCCGAGUGUCACACUCUUGGCAGGAAGCUCCCUAACUGUGGCAGGGGCCACCUCCAAGGUGGUGCGUCUCUUUCCUCCUCAGUGACGUCCUCCUCAGCCCGCAGAGUAAGGCAACUCCCACAGCUUCCCCCUAAGAGCAGCACUGUAGAACAAGCCCUGGUAGCAGAGGAGUGUGUUCGUCAGCUCCAGAUGAGGGUUCAUUCCAAUCGGGUGUCAGCUGCCAACACCUCCAGCCAACAGGACCUGGACCGAGCCCUCAAGAACAAACGGGAGCUCUACAAGGACCAGAGGAGGAGCAGUGAGAACGUUUCCCAUAAGUCCUCAGACAGUGAUGUCAGCGACGUGUCAGCCAUCUCUCGAACCAGCAGUGCCUCUCGCAUCAGUAGCACCAGCUACAUGUCCAUCCAGUCAGAGAGACCCCGGGAACGCUUCAGGGCCAUGCGUGCAACGGGCCGCCACAUGAUGAAGAGCACCAGCGUGAGUGGUGAGAUCUAUGGCAUGGAGCACACCGACGGCAGCCAAUCAGACACAGCGCUCGGGAGCCUGGGAAGCGGGAUCAAGAAGCGGCGAUCGAGCCUGAGCCAACGUGUCGUCGCCAUUCUGCCAUCCAGACGCAGCCGGAGUACCUCGCAACUCAGCCAGACAGAGGCGGCGGGUAAGGCGGCGGACAGACAGAAAGAAGCUUCAGCAGGUAAAAAGUCUGGUAAGGGCGGCAGCAGCAGCAUCCAGAGGAGCGUUGAAACUGGCAUGGCAGUGGACUACCCCCGGGGAGGAUCCACCAUGAACCGGCAGGCCAGCAGAGAGUCGACUGAUGGCAGCAUGAACAGCUACAGCUCUGAGGGGAAUCUGAUCUUCUCAGGUAUGCGUUUGGGUGCCGACAGUCAGUUCAGUGACUUCCUGGAUGGUUUAGGCCCCGGUCAGCUGGUUGGCCGGCAAACACUGGCCACACCUGCCAUGGGUGAUGUUCAGAUCGGUUUGAUGGAUAAGAAAGGUCAGCUGGAGGUCGAGGUGAUCAGGGCACGAGGCCUUACCCCCAAACCAGGCUCCAAAUCCCUCCCAGCUCCCUAUGUCAAAGUGUACCUGCUGGAUAAUGGAAGUUGUAAAGCCAAAAAGAAAACCAAGAUUGCACGAAAGACCCUGGAGCCGCUCUACCAGCAGCACCUGCUCUUUGAGGAGAGUCCCCAGGGCAGGGUGCUUCAGGUGAUAGUGUGGGGCGACUAUGGACGAUUGGACCACAAAUGUUUCAUGGGUGUAGCACAGAUCUUAUUGGAGGAGCUGGACCUCUCAAGCACGGUGAUUAGCUGGUACAAACUGUUUCCACCGUCCUCAUUGGUGGACCCUACAUUAGCUCCACUCAACCGGCUGGCAUCUCAGACGUCAUUGGACAGCUCAGGACCGCCACCGGGCGUUCGGUCCUAGUGACCGAGUGGCGACCGCAAACCCCCCCAAUAUCCCUUAAAUGACAAAACAAUGAACCACAGCUACUGGGCCAGAACUGAGCAGAGGGCGAGAACACGCCCCGAGGACGACACCGACAAGGCCUCGGUCAACCAAUGAAAAGCCAGACGGAGCAACAGGGAAUGAGAACAAGAAAGAGAGGGAGGGAGAGACAGAACUAGCCAAUCAAAGCUUAGCUGGAGUCUGACAAUCACCUUCGCUCUUCCUCCUCCGUAUGCCUUUUUGUUUCCAAAGCUCUGCUUUCUUUGUUUUCUCCUCUGAGCUACAGCAGUGAAGGUUUUUGUCCAAUGUUCUUCAUGUUCUGUUUCUUUCCUUUCUCCUUACUUUCUUGUGCAGCCGAAAAAUAAUUGGAGUCCUCCACCUAGUAGCCCUCUAGCCAAUCAGAGUAGAGCUUGCUGCUAGGCCACAGGGAUGAGUGGUGUAAACAAUGUGUGGGAGUUAAUAAGUAGCAAAUCGAGGCGGCUUCAUUCAGCUGUACCGUCAUGUAGAGGCUGGCUGUUGUCUCUGCCGGUGUUAUCGUGGUAACAGUGUGGUCAUAUAUAUAUAUAUAUAUAUAUAUAUAUAUAUAUAUAUAUAUUAUAUGAAAUAUAUAUAAAUAUAUAUAUAUAUUAUAUGAAAUAUAUAUGAAAGCAAGCACAAGGGAAGCUUGAUUCCUUUAUUCGGACAGAAUAAAUAAGGUUUUGCUCUUCGUCUAAACAAAGAGGAAAUAAAACAGAGGCCAAACUGAAUAUUUUCUCUUUAUUUUUUCAUUUGGAAUAAUUUUCUCAGUCUUUGUUUCGAGUUCAGAAUGGCACCAUAAGGUGCAGACUCCCUCUGUGUAUGUGUAUGCUUGGUUUUCGAGCGAUGGUGCGCCAAAGACCGACGAUAAAGGUCAGGUCACAUUUGCCCAAAAACUCUUUGCCCAUCCCUCAUCCCCAUCUCCCGGUCUCCUCCCCUUCCUCACCCCUCAAACUCCCCCUGUAGGAGGGAGCAGCAUGACUCGGGGACGCCCCGCCCUGGCCUCAAGCUGCAUGCAUGUUUCUUUUGUUCUGUUUGUUUCGUUUUUUGUUUUGUUCUCUACUUUUUUGUAAAAUAGAAGACGAGACAAAUUAAGGAACGAUUCUCAAAAAAACAAAAACAGAAAAAAAGACUAGACUAUGUGUGUUAGUUCCACAUACUUUUAGGCCAGCUUGUAUGUUGCAUGUUCUUGUACAGUUUGCUCGUACUGAAUAUGAAUACAAACCGAGAAAAGCCAAGCCAUCCCCGUCCCCUAACAGGUGCGGUCCAAUAGUAGGGGGAUCAAACUCCGCCCAGGCCACGCCUUCCACUCUGGGUCUAAACAUCCAUAUGAGGAAGUCUCCGGAAAAAAAAAUUCUCUUUGUUUCAGUUUUUUCUUUGAACCCUUUGAACAACAGUGCUGUUCUGUAGUACUGAGCAUAUUGAGCCCCUGGCGUAUCUGAGGGUGUAGGUGUCUAAACUGUAGUUUAACACAGUCGGGGCUAGAGACAGAGAUAGAGAAUGUGUGUAUAACAGCUAAAUGUAUAUGAAGUAUAAUUAUGAGUUUGACAGAAAUUAUAAAGAUAUAGAUAUAUGAAUAUAAAAAGAGUGUAUCUGACAGUACACCCAUCACCAACACACACACACAUGCACACCUUGUACAUACAAACCAGGAUAAGCGGCUUGAACUUAAGUUAUUAAAAAACAAAACAUCGCUGACACACAAACAUUCCUGGUCUUGUUAAAGGGAAUUUGCGUCCUGUGGAUGUGCUCAAGCCGCUGAGCGGCACUGAGCCACAAAGAGGCGCUAAUAGGCCUUUAUUUUUGUCCCAGUUGCAGAAAAUAAAGCAGAAACCAAUUGGAACAAAGUUUACUUUCUUCUCCUUAAAUCCCCCUUUCCCUGUUUAUCAUUGUUGGUUUGGACUGGACUUCUAAAGCCAAUGAGAAAUCUGAUUUUGCAGACAUAUUUUGUGGAUGUUUCUGUUGAAACCCUUGGCGGUGUGGCCGACUGCCCUUUCCUUUGUCAGUAUUACUCCAGGAAUACUGAUUGUUUACAGCCCAUGGCUCCCCACUCCCAAACCACGAUUUUAGACGAAAGACUAAGUAUUCACUGCAACAGUUCUUGUUUGUAUAACAGAUGUGGCUCUACUGAUGUGUAUGUUUUAUAUUCAAGAGUUCAUUUUUAUUAUUUACAAAUAAAAGACUGUGUGGAAGAAGA